AUGAUCGACAUCCGCCGGGCUUUUAUGCAUGAUGGCUUGGACCUGUCUUUUUCGCCUGGUAGACCAGCAGGAUGCCCAAGGAAUGGGCGGGGCAGAGGAAAGGAAAGAGGGCAGGCAAUACCUAUAGCGAGAUUCAAGUUGAGUGCCUGGCUAUUCACGUAUCAUGCAGGCAGAUAUAAAGCCAUCCCAGGCUUCCUUCGGCACUCAAAAUAUGAAAUCAGAUCACUUACAUCCUCAGUGACUGGAGCUUCAAGCACUUACUCCGCCAUUCUCUGCAUAAAGCAGACACUCAUCAUGACUAUCUUCCGGAGCUCGGCAAAGGCCAGUGAGAGCGAACCUCAGUAUGGCAUUAAAGUGUUGUACGACUCCAACGAAGCGGAGGUAGAUAUCGUCUUUGUCCACGGUCUUGGCGGAAGUCGCGACGCAACCUGGACGAUCGACGAUGUGUGCUGGCCCCAAGCCCUUCUUCCGCAGGACUUACCCAAGACCCGUAUCAUGACUUUUGGAUAUGAUUCACGGGUGGUCAGCUUCACAUCCGCUUUAUCGCAGAACGGAAUUGUGGGAAAUGCUGAGGAUCUUUGUGCUCAGCUAUCGCGGUUCAGAGCCUCUUCGCCAGAGCGCCCGAUAAUUUUCGUAGCUCAUAGCUUGGGCGGCUUGGUCUGCGCACAGGCUGUCGUAGCAGGCAACCGCAGUUCCCCCUCCGACAAUACACAAAUUAUCAGCAAACACGUCCGAGGAAUAGUCUUCCUGGGAACCCCAUUCUGCGGUUCCGAAAUCGCAAACUGGGUGUCUCGUCUCAACAAAGUAGCGGAUUAUAUUUUCGAGAGCAACAAAGCAAAUAUCUCAGACCUGAAAAGCAAAUCAGACACACUGCAGCACCUGAUCGAAGAGUUUGCGAACGUUUUGCGAAAACGUGACAACUCCGACGACACUAUCCUGACCACCUUUUUCUAUGAGCAGUUGAAAACACAGGGAGUUAUGGUGGUUGACCGCAAUUCUGCCACUAUCCCCGGUCGCGGAGACAUGAUAUCCAUCCAAGCCGAUCAUAAGAACAUCUGCAAGUUCCGAUCGAGGGAGGAUGAUGAAGGAUACGGAUUGGUGCUUGGUGCACUGAGGAAGAUGAUGGUUGAGGUACCCGUGAAGCAGAAGUCGAGUAGCCCUGUCUUCAACUUCAACAAUGAUGGAGCUUCCAUCAUGAACCAGGCAGGCCAGCAGACUAUCAAUGGGGGAAUGAACUUUGGGUCGUUUGCACGGUAG